AAAGACAGAAGUGGACCUGCAGCACAGUAGAAAGUGAGACAGACGGGGAGAAGCAGCAGAGAUUAAAAAGAAGCCAGUUGCACUCGCACAGACACACACACACACACACACACACACACAGACAGGCAGGUUAGGGAGAGGACCUGAAACUUAGCAGACACACACUCUUUAAACUCUCUCUCUCUCUCACACACACACACACUCAGUCGGCGGCAGCAGCAUGUUCCUUCGGAGGCUCCCGCAGGCCGUGUGCGCGCUGCUGGCGUGCGUGUGCCUGAUCCUCGCCUACGAGGACGAGAUGGAGGUCAACUACGCCGACAACUACUACAACGAGAUCACGGAGGGAGAGAACCCGGAACCCACACCGAGUCAAGCGCCCUGCAUUUCCCGCGACCUGACCAGAUGGGACAAACUCUUCUCAAUGAUGGAAAGCAGCCAGAUGAGAGAGAACAUGCUGCUUCAGUAUGCGGAUGACAUCACCAAGGUGGAGAUGGCUUCACUGCGUGCAGAAAUCCUCAGGUUCAUAGUCCAGUAUGGUGGCACCUGUGGAACUGCAAUGGAGUCAGCAGGAAGAAAGAUGGCGUCGCUGUUAGAGAGCCGCUUCAAAGAAACCAUGGAGCGCCUCAAGCCCAGGGAUUCGGCUUCAGGUGCUGCUGCUGCUGCUGCUGCUGCUGCUGGAAAUUCUGUGUGGAAUUUGAACCAGCUGGAGGACAAGCUCCAGCAACUCCUCGCCGCAGCACGAACGCAAACUUCGCGCCUCACCAAGCUAGAGACCAGCUGCCACAGCGGCCCAGCAGCGGGGAUGGGGUUGAAUACGAAGCCGGGAUCCAAGCUCCCAGAGGAGCAAGAGGUCACGCCGCGAGAGGCGGCUUUAGACGGGGUGCUGGCUGCCAUGCAGAGGGCGAGGGUGGAACUGGAGGAGGUGCUCAGGUCAUCCAGGCAAAGAUUACUACCCGCAGGUUUAGAGACGGCCCUCCUCUUCCCUAUGCGCUCCCGUCGAAUCUACACCUCCGUCGUACCGGACGCCCCUCUCUCCCUCUCCUCCUUCACCGUCUGCAUGUGGGUGAAGCCGACCGCGGUGUCCAACAGAACCGUGCUGUUCUCCUACGGCAACCGCCGCAACCCGUACGAGAUCCAGCUGCUCCUGGGUCACACCUCCGCGCACCUCACCGUCGGAGGGGAGGCUCACCUGGUGGAGGCCCGGGGGGUGGUGAGCCCCGGAGGCACGUCGGAGUGGGUCCACUUGUGCGGGGCUUGGUCUUCCGAGAGGGGCCUGGCGUCCCUGUGGGCAGCUGGGAAAAAGGUGGCCUCCUCCCCCGGAGUGGCGGAGGGGCACGUCUUACCCGACGGAGGCUCCCUCCAGCUGGGGCAGGAAAGAGCGAACGGGGUGGCGGGGUUCGAGGGAGGGCUCGAUCCAAAGGUGGCGUUCGCCGGGAAGAUGACGGGGGUGAACAUGUGGGACAGGGUGCUGUCAGAGGAAGAGAUGUCCCAGCUGGCUUUGCGGGAGGGUCCCGGCGCCAACCCAAGGGGGAACGUGGUGGCGUGGGGGGUGACGGAGAUGGUGCCGCACGGAGGCGCUCAGUUCAUCAACUAGCAGGUGGUGUAACUCUUCAUCGUCAUUGUGAACAUAAGCUUUCAUGAUGAAACUGAAGAGAGCAACUUACAAAUCACCUUUGUCCCUAAAGUUUGACUUAUUAUGUGAUUUUUGUCUUCAUCAUCUCCAUUGCUAUUAUUGCUGCAAUGAAUUUUACUGUAAAUGUUUGAAUGAGUGAGAGACGAUGCUGCGAGAGACUGAAAUGUCUGAACCGAGGUCAUAAUAUAAAAACACACACUCACGCUGACGUACAUUCAGCUUAGAUAACUUAGCAGAAGAAGAAGCGCUGCAUUUACCAAAGACUCUACCAAUUAGACUACAGGGAAGACAAAGAGUCGUUUGUUCCCAGCAGACAGCGGGGAAAUAAGAGGUCACGGACAAUUACACAAGAUUCGCUUGCAACGGUAGAACGAUGCAGUUUGAACAGUAACAAUAGCGUUUGAUCUCUUUCUACGGAAACAGUUAUUCAAUUAUCAAUUCAACACAUUCAAGACCGUAAUAUGUUCCAUCUUCUACAAUUGUUGACUGAUUGACAGUCGUCUGUCCCAAUUACAAGUGAAAGCAGAGUUUCCCAUUCAUUUGUUAAUAAUAUGUUGCCUUGUGCAGUGCAGCAUUUAAUACAGGUCUUUUUGCUUUAAUGCAUUGACAACCAGCAACUGCAGAAACAGCUUCAGGCAACAUCAUUUAAGCAACUUUUUAAUUAAUUCUCAUACUGUCCUUGAAUUUUUGAAAGCUUUUAAAUCAUUUUUAAGAUCUUACAUUCCCAAACAUAUACUCAAAGUGUUUACAUUCAUAUGUUAUUGUUAGUUUAUUUUGUGAGGUAACCAUAGGGUUAUAUUUGUGUGUUGUCUUUUCAAACUACGUAAUGUAAUUGGAGUAAAACCAUUAGAUUUGUAACCCAAGAUUGACAUUGUUUAUUUUGUCAUUGUUAAAAGAAAAUGAGGGCAAUGUUUACAGACUAAUUCUUUAUGAAAUAACUUGUGUUAUAAUGUAAAUUACUUUUGAUGUUCUUGUGAAAAGGUGAAAAUGAAUGUAUUUUGCACAUAAAUAUAUUUUGUAUAACAUGACUGUAUGAAUGGAGAGUGAGUGAAUAAACAUCUCAUGUUAUAAUAUA